AUGGAGGAUGAAGAGCUGGAUGUAAUGCUCCUUGUAGGGGAGGCUGUUCAGCGACACGAGCAGGAGCUGAAGGAGGCUCGUCGAGAGGUGGUCGCCAUGCUCAUAGAGGAUGCGUGGCGGACCGCUAUGCGCAGCCGUCACUACUUGACGAGCCAGUGCUUGGACACGCCCAGCGAGUCUGCGUGGAUGGUGCUGUUUGAGUAUGGCAGCGACCUGAACUUUCUUAAUGCCACCAGCCUUACCAGGAUUGCAUUUCGUCAGCUCCUACAUCCCUUUGCUGCAUGCUACACGAUACGAGACCCGAACUCUCGCGGUCGUCCGCCCAAGUUGCAGUACCUACACCAGGUCCUUGGGCUCGUGUUGGUGUUCUACACUGGAUCGAUGGAGCAGAGCACGCUGUCCAUGCUCUUUGGGGUUCCUGCAAGUACCUUGAGUCGGACGUUGCAAAGGGCUGAGAGGGUUUUAAACCAAGCUCUUAACGACUACAAGCCAUCGCGGAUUGCGUGGCCAUCCCCUGCGCACCAAGCAAAGCUGGCGAAGCUGGUAGAAGCUCGUGAGCCCAUGCUCAAGCACACCUUUGGCUUUAUCGACGACAAGAACUUGAGGGUCCAGCAGCCAUCGAAUGCGGACAUGCAAAACGCAAUGUACAACGUCUGGAGCAAGCACAACUGUCCUGGGUCGUGGAACGACUCGGACACUUCGCUGGAGUUCCGCAGCAAGCUCCUGGAUCCGGGCAGGGCGUAUUCUGACGCCUUUGAAAGAUGGAGAUCUGGAUCGAAUCGAACCAUCCCUUCGAAGCUCAGCCAGAACCCUCUCCAUAAUGCGAUCACGUCUGUACGUCAAGCUGCUGAGUGGGGCAUGGGCAGUAUACAAAAGGUGUACUGCCGCCUCAACUUGCCGCUUCCUUACGACCCUGAACUGCGUGGGAUGAGGCUUGAUAACCUUUUUCGGUUGGUAAACUACCGAGUAUGA